AUGAAGGGCGGCGCGUUUCUGCUUCUGCUGCACGCAUGUCUACUACUAGCUUCGCAUCGCCUCGCCGCCGCGAAUAGCCGUCGCGAGCUGCAAGCGUCGUGCCCCGCGGGCGUGGUGUGUCCGACCGGCGCGACGUGCGCGGUGGACGGCAGCGGAUACCCUUUCUGCAAGUGCGCGGCGGGGCAGGCCAUCAUCAACGGCGUAUGCGCGCCGGCCGCCAGUUGGGCGGAGGUCGGCACCAACGUGGUGAUCUACAACAAGGCCAAAUACGCCAAUACGCCCACCUCGCUCGCGCCCGCCGUGCUGCGCGGCGCGGCGCCGAACUCGAGCGCGUGCGUGAACCUGCCGGCGGCGUUCAACGGCACGAUAGGGUCGGUGCGCAUCAUGUGGAACGUGAACGACGGCGUGGCGGACCACCUGGUGUGCGGCAAGUUGUUUUUCUGGGACAAACCCAACUGCUGCUGCUCCGGGUCGGGUUAUCAGAUCCCCGGCGGGUGGACGACCGUCGACCCCAACAAGUUCACCUACACCACCACCAGCGUCUCGGCGACGAGCGGCAUCAUCGCGACCGCCAGGUCCAUUUCGUGCCAAGCCGCCAUCGCGACACCCACCUACCCCUGCGCCGUGACGACGUGCCCCGUCAACGCCACGUGCUCCGUGGUCAACAGUGCCGCCGUGUGCACAUGCAACGCUGGGUUGACCAUGGUCAACGGGCAAUGCGUUGUGCCCAACCCGUGCACGGGGUACACCUGUCCCGCCAACUCAGCAUGCUCCAACGUCAAUGGCGUCGCCACGUGCACGUGCAAUACUGGUUACCAGAUGGUCAACGGCCAGUGCGUUGGUGAGUUUAACUCCAUUCUUCUCAUUUUACCAGUGCCCAUCCCUCCUUUUCCCCACCCCUCUUUCUUUGUUCCCAUUCACCUCUUCCACUUUCUCCAACUCCUCAUCUCCACUCUCUCCCUCUCUCUCUUCCCCGUUCUCCUCUCCUCACCUCCAAUUUCUCGCUUGCCUCCGGCCAAAUCGCUGCUUUAUCCCUUGCUCUCCCAUCUCCCAAACGCCAGUGCCCAACCCGUGCACGGGUUACAGCUGUCCCGCCAACUCAGCAUGCUCCAACGUCAAUGGCGUUGCCACGUGCACGUGCAACAGUGGUUACCAGAUGGUCAACGGCCAGUGCGUGGUGCGGCGGUGAGUGCUGCCGGCGAUGUGCCUUGCUGCACGUUCAACGGCGCGAGCACCAAGCUGCCGGACCCGUGUGCGACGGCCAACUGUCCGCUCAACUCGGUGUGCAGCAACGUCAACGGCGUCGCCACGUGCACGUGCUCUGCUGGAUUCCAGAUGGUCAACGGCCAGUGCGCCGCGCUUCCCCCCCCGGACCCGUGUGCGAGCACCACGUGUCAGGCCAACGCCAACUGCACCGUGGUCAACGGCGCCGCCACCUGCACGUGCCUGCCCGGCUUUGACCCGGUCAACGGCGCCUGCGUAGCACCCGACCCAUGCGCGGGAUUCUCAUGCCCCGCCAACUCAGCAUGCUCCAACGUCAACGGCGUCGCCACGUGCACGUGCAGCGCCGGUUACCAGAUGACGGACGGCCAGUGCGUCGUGCCUGCGCCAAUAGCCGACCCCUGUGCGUCGACCACGUGUCCCGCCAAGGCCACAUGCAGCAGCGUGAAUGGAGUGGCCACGUGUGUGUGCGCCGUGGGCUACACCAUGGUCUCCGGCGCCUGCCAGCCGGCCGCGCCCUGCUCGCUGGUGACAUGCCCGGCCAACUGCACGUGCUCCUCCGCCAAUGGCGUCGCCAAGUGUAACUGCGCCGACCUGUGCUACGGGGUGAGGUGCCCCGACGUCUCCAAGUGCACCUACAUGCUCGGCGCGCCUGUCUGCACGUGCCCUCCACCCUACACGCGCCUCAUUGACAACAAGUGCUCCAACGCGACGCUGGCCUUUUCCAACUAUCUGGACAACCACAAUGCGGCCAGGGCAGCUGUGGGCGCCAUCCCCCUCGUGUGGAACGCCACCCUGGCAACGAGGGCGCAGGCGUGGGCGACAGCGCUGACGAACAGCACGUACAACUGCGGGCUGUCGCACGGCGGCAACAGCGGCGAGGGGCAGAACCUCUCAGGCGCCAGCCCUUCUGGGUGGGCAUCAGAUGCGGCGGCUGUGAGCUGGUGGGUGGGCGAGGGCGACCUGUACUCGUACGCUGUCUUCUCUGGCGGCUGCAGCACCGGCAACUGGGCCGACUGCGGCCACUACACCCAGCUGUGCCUCGUCGGUCAUCUGCUCCCUCGUUCCUCUUCCCUGCAGGUCAUUUGGAACAACACGCGCACCGUGGGCUGUGCCAAGGCGUCGUGUGGCACGAGUGCGGACGUGUGGGCGUGCCAUUACUACCCACCCGGCAACUACGGUGGCCAGCUGCCCUAUGUGCAAGACCCGUGCUACCGGGUGGCAUGCCCGUCCACGGCCACAUGCACGGUGCGGUACGGGCAGCCCAUGUGUGAGUGUGGGGCGGGGCAGGUGCUGGUGAACAACGCCACGUGCCAGCCCGACCCGUGCGCCAGCGGCACCACCACGUGCCCCGGCAACCUCGUGUGUGACGGCUCCUCCGGCUCCGCCCAGUGCGCCUGCCCCACCGGCCUCGUGCCCAUCACCUCCGACACCUGCGUCCCGCCGGCGUGUGUGGGGGCGGUGUGCCCAGCACAGGCGACAUGUGCAGUGGACGGGAGUGGGUACCCGUUCUGCCAGUGCCCCACGGGGUGGUACCUGGGCAGCAACGUGUGUGUGCAGGGCACGCCCGCAGCUGUGUCAGCCACGAGCCUGGCCAUCUACAACACGGCGUCCUACACCAGCACGGCCCCCGCGCUGGGCCCCACGCUCGUGCGCACAGGGCUGCCCGCCAACUCGUCACGCGCCAGCUGUGUGGACAUCCCCGGCGGCAUUGCGGCGGCGUCGCUGCGCGUGCUGUGGAACGUGCCGGACAGCACGGGGGCGCCCAAGCAGUCGUGCGGGCUGCUGUGGUUCUGGACCAGCGCCUCCUGCUACGGCUCCGCCACCGGCUACUACCGCCCCGCCGGCGAUGUCACCAACUUCGCCAGCAGCUGUCCUUUUCCUAAGGUGGUCCAUUGCCCUCCCCUCUCGCUCACACCCAUCGCUCUCUGCUGUGCUGUUUCCCCUCUCGCUCACACUCAUCGCUCUCUGCUGUGUUGUUUCCCCUCUCGCUCACACUCAUCGCUCUCUGCUGUGCUGUUUCCCCUCUCGCUCACACUCAUCGCUCUCUGCUGUGCUGUUUCCCCUCUCUGUGCAUGCAGCACCACGUCGGGCAAUGUGGCCCUCGUCAAGGCCGUUGCCUGCGCCAUCUGA